AUGAAGUUCGCGGGAAAGGCAGAGAAGGGACACAGCUGGAGGUGGGAGGAGGAAAAGCCAGAGAAGGGAGAGAGGGAGAGAGAAAAGGGAGGAAAAAAAGGGACCAUCCAUACCGUGGCUGGCUCUUCGAUGCCAUCUGAAAGGGCAAGCUUCGAGCUGUUUUUAAUUAAUAGGGACGGACGAGGAAGGGAGGCAGAGGCGCUUCGACGGACAGGGAAGAAGAAGAAGAGAGCAGGAGAAGGCGUAGAAGGAGGAGAAGAGGCAGAGGCAGAGGGAGAUAGCAGGCUGGCUAUCUCUCCGUGGCCGCAACGGCGACGGCGACGGCGAGACUGGGCUGGAGACGCUGGGCAGGUGGCAGCAGCAGCAGCAGCAGCAGCAGCGAUAACGCCGGACGACGAGGCAGAGACAGGCGACCGACGCAGGAGACGGUCGAGCAAGGCCAAUUUCCCUCCCCCCGAAACAGCCGGACAGUUUUGGCAGGUCGAGCGGGCAAGGGGGAGCGAGAUGCCUGUCGACGGGAGGGAAAAGAAAAGAAAGCGAGCAGCAGACGACGAGGACGACGAGGACGAGGAGGAGGAUGAGAGGAUAGCAAAGCUGCGAGCUCAGUCGGCCAGAGCAGCGGGAGGGAGGACAGUCGUAGGGAGGCCGCUGGUGGUUGAUGCUGGUGCCUGUUCGGUGCCUUGUCGCAGGCUGGCUGGCCGUGUAAGGAUCCUGUGUAUCUCUCGCGGUGGUCUCGCUGGCGUGUCUGCGUCGUCUGUCGUCUGGGGACAGCGAGAGGAGAGGAUGAAAAGAAUAACAAUAAUAAUAGGAGAGACGGCGGCGGCUCAGGUCGAGAAUUACCUAAGAAGGCUAACUGGAGACGAAGACGAUGAAGACGAUGAAGACGAUGAAGAGGAAGAAGAAGAAGAAGAAGAAGAAGAAGAAGAAGAGAAGACGAAGACGAAGCGAUGA